AUGCAGAAGCUACUUGCUGCUGGUUUGUUUAUGUUGUGUUUUGGCAUUGGAUAUAGUCAACCUACUUUUCAUGUAGGUGACUUUGGUGCAAUUGGAGAUGGCCACACUGAUGAUUCUCAGGCUUUCUUAAAAGCAUGGAAACAGUUGUGCGAAGCUGGUGGGACAGGGAGACCAACACUUGAAAUACCUGCAUCAACAACUUUCUUGUUAAAGCCCACUUUAUUCCAAGGUCCUUGCAACUCCAACGAUCUCCAUCUUCAGGUUUUGGGGGAUAUUAUAGCACCCAAUACUACUAGUGAAUGGAAUGGCAAUAGAGAUUGCUGGCUAUGCUUCCGUGAUGUUAAUGGUCUCGUCAUUGAAGGAUCUGGAACAAUCAAUGGCCGAGGUUUUAUUUGGUGGAACACCGACGUAAAACUCCAUACAUACUCGAUCAGGAAGCACAACUGUACGCGGCCAAGGGCUGUACACUUCCACAACUGUAAUAAUCUUCAAAUAACGGGGAUCAGUCUUGUUAACAGUCCAAAAAGCCAUAUCUCAAUAAAUCAGUGCACUGGUGUAUCCAUCUCUAGAAUUCAGAUAAAUUCACCUUGUGACAGCCCUAACACCGAUGGUAUCCACAUCUCUUCAUCAACCAACCUUGAUAUACAACACUCCAUCAUCAAAACUGGAGAUGACUGCAUUGCUGUUAAUACCGGCUCCUCCUUUAUCAACAUUACCGGAGUUGCCUGCGGACCGGGUCAUGGCAUUAGUGUGGGAAGUCUAGGAGAAGAUAGAGCUGAUGAUAGAGUGGAAGAAGUACAUGUGCGGGAUUGUAAUUUCUCUAGAACUCAAAAUGGAGCAAGAAUUAAGACAUUUCGGGGGGGUUCAGGAUAUGCUAGGAAAAUCUCAUUCGAGCAAAUCACACUAAUAGAUUCUAAAAACCCUAUUAUAAUUGAUCAGCAUUACACCAACGACGGCAAAAGAGAGUCCUCAUCAGCAGUGAAGGUGAGUGAUGUAACAUACAGCGGUGUGCAGGGAACUUCGGCGGAGGAGCAAGCAAUAACAUUGAAUUGCAGUGAUGAAAUUGGUUGCUUUAACAUUAAAAUGAAGAAAAUUAAAAUUUCUUCAUCCGUGCCAGGAAAGAAGACUCAUGCCUAUUGCAACAAUGCCCAUGGAACUUCAACCCUCACUACUCCUAAUGUCCCUUGCCUACUCAGACUUGAUAAAUUUACUGUUUAAUUCAGAGGACCAGCAUUUAUUAAUUUGCUGUCAGUUGAGUUCCAGGAGAUAAAUUAAUUUAAAAGGAAUUCUUUGAGAAAAUAAAAAAGAAGCUUUCUUGUCCAAAAUCAGAAAAAUUGUGCUAUAUAGGAAACAAUUAAUUAGUUUAUUUAAUUUUUUUGAAAAUAGUGAGUAAGUUAGAGAUACCUAAAAUGGGGAGAGGGUGAGAUAAUUAAUUCUUAAUAAAACUAGAAUCAAAUGUCCAGCUUUAAUAAUAAUGACAUUAAAAAAAAUGCAGUGCAGAAAGAGUCGUAUAAGGAAAGUUGAUAACAGCAGCUAGCUAGACUGUUCAUUGUCUUUUUCUUCU